UAAAUAUCAACUGAAAAAGCAGCUUAGCAGGGAAUAGGGAUAGAACUUAUAAAAAUAUAUACAGAAGAACGUUAGUAAAUAUUAGUAUAAAAAUGUUUUAAUCACUGUAACAAUGAAUCGACUCAGUUUAUUGCAUAAAUAUUAUAGCACUUCAAUAAAUAGACCUUGGCGAGAUUUACUAUGUCGGAAAAAUGUUUCACCGGAUUUAUUCAUUAUCCGGAAAAUUCACCAGGAUAAGAAAAAUAUACGUUCAACUUUAAAUUAUGUGAUAGCUUUAGGUGUUAUGACUGUAGGCUUAAGUUAUGCAGCUGUACCAUUGUACAGGAUAUUUUGUCAAGCCUACAGCUAUGGAGGUACAACAGGACAAAUAGAGGCCACAGAUGAAGUCAGUAAAAUGAAGCCUAUAAAAGACAGACCCAUCAAGGUUCGCUUCAAUGCUGAUGUUGCAUCCUCAAUGCAAUGGAACUUUAAGCCACAGCAAAUGGAUGUUACUGUAGUACCUGGAGAAACAGCACUAGCAUUUUACACAGCAAUGAACCCAACAGACAAGCCGGUUAUUGGCAUCAGUACUUAUAAUGUGGUACCAUUUGAGGCAGGACAGUACUUCAACAAGAUACAGUGUUUUUGUUUUGAAGAACAACAGCUGAACCCUCAUGAGAAGGUGAACAUGCCUGUGUUUUUCUACAUUGACCCCGAGUUUAGUGACGAUCCAAAAAUGGAAUUUGUAGAUGAACUUGUUCUAUCCUACACUUUCUUUGAAGCUAAGCCGGGCUUUAAGCUUCCCGUGCCUUCAUAUGUAAAAUAAGUGAUAAUCAUAAGCAAAUAUUAUAUGAAAUAGUGCUAGUAGAAAAGUAUUAUAUGUUAUUGUUUUUAAUAAAAUGGUAAAUGUAA